CUCGGCGAUUACAUCAUUCCAUCCACUAUGGAAAACAAACCUUUAGUGCCGAACUUUUUCACAGAAAUCAAGGGACCGGAUGGGUCGGCAGCCGUGAUGCAAAGACAAGCGCGCUAUAACGGGGCGAUUGGAGCCCGCGGCAUACACAGUUUGUACAACUACGGCAAUAACGAGCCUGUUUACGAUGGGAAACCCUAUACAUUUAGCUCGACCUACUACGGCGGGACCGGGACUUUUUAGCUAUACACGCACCACAUGACCGAGCCUGUUACAUCCGGAGGACGCCCGGAGUACCACAUGGCUUAAGCAGGGUUUUAUGCGAUAACGCAUAGUCGUAAAACCUUCGUCCAAGGCGCUACCGCGUUUAGGAACGCCCGCGAUAUGGCGAAGCAGUACCGGGAUAGCUUUAUUCGAGCAGCAAACGAAAGAGCACGGCAACCUAGUGAGAGAAACUUAGCAGUAGCAGGCACAACGGUGAUAUAGCAGGAUGAAGGCUCG